CGCCCCCACAGCGCGCCAUCUGUAGAAGUCAUGCCGUCUGUUUUAGCAAAACUGACUACUUAAAUAAUUACUUAUUUACGUGAAGUACUACGAGAAUGGACGGAAUGCUGAACUCUGAAAAGUGGACUGAUGCGGAGGUGAAGGCGCUGCUGGUCUUGUACGCCACCGAGGAGGUGCAGAGGAACCUGGGAGGAUCCACAAAAAACAUUAAAAUCUUCGGGAAAAUCUCCAGUGAGCUAGCGCAAAUGGGGAUUUACCACACGGUCAAGCAGUGCAGAGAGAAGGUGAAGAAGCUGAAACAAGACUACAAGAAGAUAAAGGACCACAACAACCAGAGCGGUGCAAAUCGCAAAACGAGCAAGUGGUACGCCACACUGGACGGUAUUCUUGGCCACCGUCCACCAUACUCUGGCAACGCCGCCACGAAGGACUCUGCCACCGGGUUCUUGCAGACGAUCGUCGGCUCCGAGAACACUCCACCGUCGGAUGAGAUUCUUCAAGAAAUGUGGGCGCGCCACACCGUUCCGUGGACGGUUAACGAGGUGCAGACGUUCCUCAGCAUCAUGGGUGAAGAGGAAAUACAGCGAGAGCUGGAUGGAGCAGCGAGGAAUAAAACGGUUUUUCAGCUCGUUUCUCGGCGCAUGGCUGCCCACGGCUUCCAUCGCACGUACGAGCAAUGCAGGAUAAAAAGUAAAAAGCUCAGGAGCGACUACAGGAGAAUCAGGGACCUCAACAGUCAGAGGGGUGUAAAUAGGAAAAGCUGGAGAUGGUUCGACAUGAUGGACGCCAUCUACGGCCACAGGCAGGCGAGCAUUGGAAGAGAGGGGGGCAUCGACUCGGCCACGGCUUUGCUGGAGUCCAUGGUGCAGGCGCACGAUUCCACGUCUACAAGAAACGACACAAGCGCUGGUUGUAAGGAUUCAACCACCUCUUCCUCCGGUGAUGUUAGUUUGGACACGCCUAAUUCUCCGGCACCGACAACCUCCAGCAGCAACAUGACGCCGCAGCGUCUAGUAAUGGAUUCCACCACUACGACUAACAUUCCUGUAAGCUACAACAUCACCUUCAUCCCCUGCCCUCCACCAGCCCAAACACCUUGCCCCACAGAGGACUCACAAGACCCAGGUUCCUACUCCAUGCAAGUAGAAGAUGUUGGCAUCCCGUGUAAGAGUACAACAGUGACUCUCUCUGCACUGGAAAUGUCCGACAAAGAUAGGCCCUUGCACUUCUGGUCAAGUGAAGAGGUCCAAGCACUGUUGACACUUUGGGGAAAUCCCGCUGUUCAAGAAGAGCUUCUCCUCAACAUGAGGAAUAAUAAAGUUUACACUAGCCUCAGUACUAAACUAGCGUCACUUGGAUUCAACAAGUCACCACAGAAGUGCAGGGAGAAAAUCAAAAAACUGAAGCAGGAGUACAAGAGAAUCAAAAGCAGUCAGCACAACAGCAGCCGUAGAAGUGUAUGGUUUGCCAUCAUGGAUGACAUCCUCAGUUCCACGGCUGCAGCAGCAAGAUGGUCAGAAACCGCAGAGCCCUCACUGCUCAGUCAGUCACAGUCUGCCCUGGAUGUAGAUACGGAUGAUGACACCCAGUGGUUGCCUGAUGAAGUCCAAGUUCUGAUGACCCUCUGGGCACAACCAAACAUUCAGAAACAGCUUCUCAACACAGCAACAAACAACAAGGUCUUUGUAUACCUCAGCAGUGAACUCACGUUUGUGGGGUUCAACAAGACGCCACAUCAGUGCCGUCUUAAAGUGAAUAACCUUAAGGAGGAGUACAGGAGAAUCAAGGAAUUGGAACCAUACAGGGACGUACGAAACGACUGGUUUGCUAUUUUGGAUGGCGUCCUUGGCCCUGGUGGAGAGACUUCUACAGAGGUGGAUUCCUCUGCUGCGCUGACACAACCUAAUUCACCAGAAGUCGAGCAUGUGAAUGAUAUGUCGCGGGCUGUUUGGACAUCAGAUGAAAUAAAAGUGCUGCUCACCCGAUGGGCAGAGGAGAGCAUCCAGGAGCAGCUUAGAUCAACUCCGAGAAACGAGAGAGUGUUCGCUCAGCUGAGCUCCGAGCUUGCCACUCAGGGCUUUGAUAAAACCACCAGCCAGUGCAGGUCCAAAAUAAAAUUGCUGAAACGAAAGUACAGAAAGACUAAGGAACAGAAGGAAUCUAAAAAGCCGAAAAGCAGAUGGUUUGCCAUCAUGGAUAAAGUCCUUGGUCGUUGUAAACCAGUGUCUGAGAUUGAACAAGAAGCUGAAGUCAUGGAUUCAGCCCCUACAUUUCUACAGACAUCACAGCAAGACCUUUCUGAAACAGUAGAAGACUUAGGUUGCCGCCUGUCCGUCUCCUCGCUGUGUCUCCUGGUUCCAACCCUGCGUCUGAUGUGUGCCUUUGCCUGGCGAGUGAUCCAGUGUUGUAAUGUCCUACAUUAUGGAAAGGUGGAGGAGCUGGUGAGGUUGGUGACAGAGCUGGCUCCAGAGUUGCUGACGCCCAGAGAGAGAGUGCAACUCCUGCUCAGACUAAGGGCAAGGAUGGUGUUGGAUUUGUGUCGCAGUGAGAGCACAGCUAACCUCCUGUAUAUCCAGCCCCACCUGACGGUCAUUCAAAACCUCACAACGGGCUCCACUUGUGAUCAGGAGGAAUUGGAAAAUUCUAAGUCAAACUUUGUGGACGUUGUUCAUACCCUGCUCGAGGACACGGAGAAGAGAAAUAUGUUUUUCAAGGAGGUCUUCCACAUCCACUAUGGCCAGCAAUAUGAGGCCACAUUGCAGACAUUAGUAUGGAAAUUCAUCUCAAAACUGGAUAAUCUUUUGCCUGUACCAGAUAUUAAACAGACUGCUGAGUGGCUCAGCGCUGCCCCCUCUGUCAUGGAAGAAUGUGGACAGCUGGUUUUGGAACCAGAGCAGCUGAAGGCGCUACUGCACUUCCACCAGCAUCAGUCAGGAAGCACAAACAAACGCUACUCUCAAACUCAGAAUAUGUUUUUGCCGAGGCUGUCUCUUCCUCACGAACCAAACUCGAGGCAACUCGCUUCAGAGCAACAGGCAUCGUCUACAGGCGACACAGAUGAUGGACAGUCUGAUUAUAGCGAGGAAAACCAAAGUGAUGACGAACUGGCUCUGGAGGACCGUAGCAAAGGAGAUGAAGUCCUGAAGUUAAAAGAAGAACCAAGCGAUGACCUAACGGCAGUAAACUGCUCAAAUUUAAACAAUCAUACGCCUUUAGGACUGCACACCUGCUCUUUGUGUCCCUACUCUGACAGCCAAGUGUCAGGUCUUCUGCAGCACAUCAGAAAGGCACAUCUGAGUCAGGAACCCAGCCGACUGCAGUCUAAAGAACCUAGGACAGCCAAUGGCCUUCAGAAAGUAGACACUGAAACAUGCACUCCUGAGACAAUGCCCUUACACUGCGACAAGUGUGAGAAGACAUACUCCUCGAGGGCGUCUCUGAAUGUGCACCGCCGGAUUCACACGGGCGAGACGCCAUAUUUGUGUUCGCACUGUGGCCGGGGCUUCAGAACUUCAAGUGGCCUUGAUUUUCACGUUCGCAUACACACAGGAGACCGGCGCUAUAAAUGUCCCAUUUGUGGGAAGACUUCAAUCCAGCACAUGAUGAGACACAUGCGGAUGCACAGAGGGGAAAAGAACUUUCUGUGUACAGAAUGUGGGAAAGCUUUUCUCACCUCUGGGGAGUUAAAGCUACACAUGAGGUCUCACACGGGCGAGCGCCCGUACACGUGCAAAGACUGCGGGAAGGGUUUCACAGCAAAAUGCCUAUUGACGGUUCAUAUGCGCCGUCAUACAGGAGAGCGUCCUUAUAGGUGUUCAGUUUGUCCGAAAUCCUUUAAGACUUCGAGAAUGCGGAAAAGGCACAUGAUGAUCCACUCAAACAACAAGUCUUUCCAGUGUUUAAAGUGCGGUAAAAUCUUCAGGCAUGAAGACACUUUUAAUAUGCAUGUUCAGACACACAAUUAAAAGUAGUAGCUGGUGUUUUUAUACAACAGUUGUAAAAUAUUUGUAUGUCAUUCUGGUUUAAACAGUGUAACUUUCAGUUUGGCCAAGCAGUCUGAUUUGUUUUAGAUAUUCCCAUAUCAUCUGUAAGCCAGUAUUGACCCUGCUUAUGUAUCAGCAAGGCUCAAGGAAUCAAUUUAAAUUUACAUUUACUGUGUAAGAAUAUGGUACCUCC